GUGGUUUUAAGCUGCGUCGAAAUGUGAAAAAUGAUUGGUUGGUUCAAGUUUCAGCAAAGGUUUUUGAAUUUGACCUAGUGUCUCAUGAGUUUGUUUGUUUCAUAGCGCAAAGUCAGGUGGAUGGCUAUGCAGAACGUAUCUUCUGAGAGUCGGAGUAUAGAAAAGUGGCGAAAGUUUUUGGCUUUUAAGCUUCCAGGUUGAAAUCUUUGCUGUAAAGGGUCAACCAAGAUGAAUAACGCUAUUAACUUGGGCGUUAAAGCGCUUCUUGUAUGGGUCAACAGCUUAAAAAUAUUGGACCAUGAAGUGACUAUCAGCGAUUUACAAGAUGGAACCGUCUUGUUAAAAGUUGUGUACAUGCUGAAAAAGGAAAACAACCCCUGUUUCAGCACUUGCACUGAAGAGCGAUUCAGGCUCAUUGCGAAGUUCCUGGAAAGAGACUGCAGAUUUAGGCCAGACAGAGGCACAAAAUUAUCUUGGGAGAACAUAAGGGAAGGCAUCAACUUGGCGGUAGAAAUUGCAAAGGUGCUGUUGUUGCUUGUUUACCAUGAUAUCAUGAAUGACCGCUCCACUUUAAACACGUUGGAGUGUGCUGUGGAGCAAGAGAUAGCAAACCUAACGGGCAACUUUGUGUUGGAGAGUGAGGGUUUUGUUUCUUUGAGCAACGGACUUGAGGCCUAUUUGAGAAGGAAACAUUUGCCCAUCUCCUGUGAAAUAUUUGAACAAUCAGCAACCACCUCUUCCUCCAGUGCGUCAACAACCUCCUCACUGUCAGAAGAUGAAUCCCCCUUCUUCUGCCGCACAUCAAAAGUCACAUUUGUGGGCAUGCAGGCUGUGGCUUCGUCAUCAGUCAGUAAAUCUCCUCUGCAGGAAAUUAUGAACACUCCAAAAUUUCAGAUGAGGAAGAUGCAGCGACAGAUGAUGAAGGAGAGAGACUACAGAGAUGGUUUGGAGAGGGAGCUGGCCAGCAAGCUUGCGGCCCUUGCACAGAGAGAGUCUUGCAUCACACAAUUGCAAUACCACCUGGAUAAACUGAAAGAAGAGCACAGUGAUCAGGAGCAGCUGACCAAACAACAAAUUGAUCAGCUUGAGACAAAGAAUAGCAUGUUACAGAUGCGCUUUAAUGAGGUCUUAAAGCAAAAUAAAGACUUCAAGAGCACAUCUUCGCUUAUGGAGCGCAAAGUGGAUGAACUGACAGAUGAGAAUGGUGUUCUGUCUUCCCAGUUAAGAGCAGUGCGUUCACAGCUUGCCACUUUUGAGGCAGAAGUUGUCCAGCUCACAGAAAACCAAGUAUCGGCUGAGGAGGAGUGGAGGAGCAAAACAGCCAACCUACAGUAUGAACUUAGCCAAGCCACUGCUCUAAAGGAGCUCCUGACUGAACAAAUACAGAUUCUCCAGGGAAAGAUUUCAUGUUUGGAGGAUGAAAUAAAAAAGUCCACAACAGAAGAAGUUGGGGAAAAUAUGGGUCUUGUAAUGGAGAUCCAGGAUCUUAAGUUUCAGCUUGAGCAAGUUGAGCAGCAAAAACAUGAGCAGGUGACCAGACUACAACAGCAUAUCACUGCUUGUGAGAAAGAAAUUGAGACGCUAAAAGAAGUUAAAAAAGAGAAGGAAGACCUUCUCCAGCAGACUGAAGAAAAGGUCAAAGAUCUUGAGACCAAGUUAUUGGCUGCUUGUUCUGCUGUAGCUGAUAAGGACCAACAUAUUAAUAGGCUCAGGGAAGAAGUUGACAUCCUUACAGAUGAAACUAAAAAACACAAAGAUGAGAUUCAAGCCAAAGAGGAAAUGCUUGCCACAUUACUUCUUCAGAAGUCUAAUGAGCAAGAAAUUCUUAAUAAUAAAAUUCAGAUCUUAACAGUCCAAGUAGAAGACCUUAACUUGUCUCUCAAGCAGGCUGAGCAGGAAAUUCAACUUAAACAAGACCUGUUGGCUAAAAUCCAGCAAGAGAAUAUCCUGCGAAGGGAGCAACUCCAACAACAGAUUGUAACCUAUGAAGAACAGGUUAAGACCCUUAGUGCAGAGAUGCAGAUCAAGAAUGAGCAUCUUAUUAAUCUAAAGAAUGACAGCUCUCGACACACUGAAUCACUGCAGCAAGAGAUUAAAGAUCUAAAAGAUCAUAUAGAAAGCCUGAAUAACUGUUUCAAAAAGGCUGAGGAAACAGUUCAGGCUCAGCAGGUUAUGCUUACAAAGCAGGAGCAAGAGGGUGCUCAUCAGGCAGAACUCCUGCAACAACUGUCUGCCUCAGAAGAGAUGAUAAGGAUUUUGAAGGAGGAGAUCCAGACUAAAGAGCAGCAGAUAAACAUGCUAAAAAAUCAAAGUUCAGAGCAGGCAGAACUACUGCUGCAAGAGAUACAUGAAUUAAAGAAACAGAUAAAGUGUCUUGGUACAUCCCUACAGUCUGCUGAGGAGAAUUUGCAAUCCAAGGAAAAUCUGUUUGCCCAACAGCAACUACAGAGCAGUCAGCACAUGGAGGUGCUCCAGGCACAAAUGGAAACAUUGCAGGAUGAGGUGAAGAGGCAAGAAGCAGAGGUUCAUGCCAAGGAGGAACAGUUGGUUCAACUAAAGACUGAGACCUCUACACACUCUGAAACACUGGAGACGGAAAUUGAAGAUCUGAAUAAACAAAUAAAAAGCAUGUGCAAUUCCCUUGAGAUUUCCCAGCAGCAGGUUCAAGCCAAAGAAGAUCUGAUGGCCAAGCAGGAGCAGGAGAGCACUUUGCAGAUUGAGGAACUUAAAAAGCACAGUUCAGCCCUUGAAGGGGAAGUUAGUCAGCUGAAAGAGGUGAUCCAGUCCAAGGAGGAGAAGAUGAAUUUGCUGAAAAGUCAAAGUUCAGAACAGGCGGAACUAUUGCUGCAUGACAUCCAUGAAUUAAAGAAACAGGUUGAGUGUCUUGGUACAUCCCUACAGUCUGCUGAGGAGAAUUUGCAAUCCAAGGAAAAUUUGCUUGCCAAACAGCAACUACAGAGCAGUCAGCACAUGGUGGUGCUCCAGGCACAAAUGGAGGCAUUGCAGAAUGAGGUGAAGAGGCAAAAAGCAGAGGUUCAUGCCAAGGAGGAACAGUUGGUUCAACUGAAGACUGAGACCUCUACGCACUGUGAAGCACUGCAGCAAGAAAUUGAAGGUCUGAAUGAAAAAAUUAAAAGCAUGAGCAAUUCACUUGUGAUUUCCCAGGAGCAGGUUCAAGUUAAAGGAGAUCGGAUGGCCAAGCUGGAGCAGGAGAGCGCUUUGCAGAUUGAGGCAUUGAAAAAGCACUGCACAGCCCUUGAGAGGGAGGUUAAUCAGCUAAAGGAGGAGAUCCAGUCCAAGGAGGAGCAGAUGAACUUGCUAAAAAAUCAAAGUUCAGAGCAGGCAGAACUGCUAAUUGAAGAGAUCCAAAAGUUAAAGAAACUGUAUGAGUGUCUUGGUACAUCCCUACAGUCUGCUGAGGAGAAUUUGCAAUCCAAGGAAAAUCUGUUUGCCCAACAGCAACUACAGAGCAGUCAGCACAUGGAGGUGCUCCAGGCACAAAUGGAAACAUUGCAGGAUGAGGUGAAGAGGCAAAAAACAGAGAUUCAUGCCAAGGAGGAACAGUUGGUUCAACUAAAGAAUGAGACUUCUACACACUCUGAAGCACUAGAGAAGGAAAUUGAAGGUCUAAAUCAACAAAUAAAAAGCAUGUGCAAUUCCCUUGAGAUUUCCCAGCAGCAGGUUCAAGCCAAAGAAGAUCUGAUGGCCAAGCAGGAGCAGGAGAGCGCUUUGCAGAUUGAGGAACUUAAAAAGCACAGUUCAGCCCUUGAAGGGGAGGUUGAUCAGCUGAAAGAGGAGAUCCAAGCUAAAGAGAGAAAGAUUGAAAUAUUAAAGGUUGAGAGCUGGAAGGAGUCAGAAGUGCUGCACCAUGAAAUCCAAACUCUCAGAGGUCAGGUGCAAAGUUUGAGUGAGUCACUGAAGACUGCAACAGAGCAGAUUCAGGCUAAAGAAAAUCUGCUGGCUCAGAAGGAAUUGGAAAUUUCUAAGGAAAAGGAUUCAUUUCAAAGCAUGACAACAACCUCUGAAGCAGAGAUAAGAGGGCUUAAGGAACAACUCCAGGCUAAAGAGGAACAACUAGUCACACAAAAAACAGAGGAAGCCAAACAUUCUGACAUGCUUCAGCAAGAGAUCAAAUGUCUAAAACAACAACUAGAUAAUAUGGUUGAGUGCCACACAAAAGCUGAGGAACAGGUUCAGGCUCAACAGAAUAUGUUUAACAAGCAAGAACAGGAGACUGUUCAUCAGAAGGAGCUUCUGCAUCAACAAUUGUCAGCUUCUGUGGAAGAGGUGAGGAAACUUCAAGAGGAGAUCCAAGUUAGAGAGGAAGAGAUGAUACUGCUAAAGACUGACAAUACAAAGCAUUCAGAUUUGCUAAAUCAAGAGAUCCAGUGUUUAAAGCAACAGGUGGAGUCUCUAGUCUCCUCAUUGAAAAAGGCUGAGGAGGAAAUGCAAUCCAAGGAAGUUUUGUUGGCUCAACAACAGCAAGAAAAUACUCACCAGAUGGAGGCACUCCAGAGUCUACAGGAGGAAGUCAAACAAGUUGAGAUUCUCCAGAAACAGAUUUACUCUCACGAAGAGAUGUUUCAAAAACUAAAAGAAUCUCAGCUUGAGAAAGAGAGCCUCCUUCUAAAGGCUGAGCAGCAGUUACAAUCAGUAAAUGCAGAGCUGACCCAAUACAAAGAUGCUGCAGUCCUCAAACUGCAAGGAGUAGUACAAGAGUUGCAUGUUGCCAGUUUAAGAGAAAAGGAGGUGCUUGUUCAGGAAAAAGAUGUACUCAUGGCAAGGAUACUCCAGGCAGAAGAAGACCAUAAAGCUCUUGAGAAGCAGGUUGAAACUGUGGUCUUGGAGAAGGAGAGACUUACUGAAGCCAAACAGGCCUUAGAGAGAGAAAAAACAGCCUUCUGUGAAUUGGAAUCUGCACUACAACAGAAACUCUUGAAAGAGAGAGAAAAAGUUGAAAAAAAUGAGAUGCUAAAGAGAGACCUGCAGGAACAGCUCUCAGCAAAAUCAGAGGCUGUAGAACACUACAAGGCACAGAUGGAGAAGGCAGUAAGUCAUUACAAUGACAAGAAGCUGCUCCUCCAGAAAAGCCAAGAAGAAGCAGCUAAACUGAAGCAUUCCUUAGAAGUUCAGGAGUGUAAAUUAAAGACUGUUAAUUCAGAAAAGGAGCAACUUCAGUUGGAUUUGGACAAUGCCCAAACCAGUGAGAAGAAUCUUUUGAAAGUGGUGGCCAGUUUGGAAGCACAGUUGGCCUUUGCUGACCACAACCUGCGGGCACAGAAUAAGAUUGAUAAUCAUGGAAGAAGAGCAGAGUCACUUUACUUGACGGUUCCCUGUGCGCAAUCAGAUACUGAUACUGGAGCUCUGGUGAAGAGGAGCAUGAGUUCUGACAGCCUGGAGCACAGCUCUCUGGAAGACUCUCUGAAUGCCGCAAGGAAAUUUUCAGCUUCUGAUAAAUCAAGCACACCAUGUGUUCGCAGUUCAGAGCGUCUGGCAGCCAAACGCAAAGGUCUACGGACUGAAUCACUGGAAACCUUGUACUUUACGCCUAUAAAGACUAAAAAGAUCGGCAGGAAUGGAACAGAACACAACAUGGAAAUGGAUUCAGGCUGGGAUAAUCCUGCAUCAUCUGUAAAACGACGCAGGACCACACAGGUUAUAAACAUCACAAUGACCAAGAGAACCCCUGGAUUUAGUGAAAGUGAUGAAACUUUCUAUAGUCUGAAUUCAGCUCGCUCCCACCAAAGCAUUUCAAGGGCCUGCCCUUCAAGACGCACAUCUCCGGAGAGGCUUGACACAACUGCCAUAGCAACUGGUGUUGCCAGCAACCAGCUCACCGGCUUACCGGGGUACAGACGGAGCACAGUCCAUUCACAGACCACUAGUACAUUCUGUGUUGGGACAGAGAAUGAACCAGAGGUAACGCCUGAAGACUGGAUGAGGAUUGCUGAGCUCCAGGCCAGAAACCAGGCCUGUCUUCCGCAUCUUAAGAGCAGCUACCCUGUUGAGUCUGAGACUGGCUGUAGUAGUAGAUUGGUUUUCACAGAUGAAGACCUCCGUACAGGCAAUCCAUCGGAAACAAUCCGUAGGGCAUCUAUGAUGCCCAGACAGAUUGAAGACUCUCUUGUCUCCCAUCGUCACUCCCUCAUGCUCGGACAAACUGGUUUCGCAGGCACUCUGUCCAACAAUCUUUCCUCCAUGCCCACUCAGCAAAGAAGCAUGAAAGGCACAAAGCAGUCAUCAUCUGUAUUGUCUGCACAUCACAGUUCACCAGAGAAAAAGGUGAAGGUCAACAGCUUCUCCCGUCCUCUGACUCCCAAAAACAAGAACCUGAACAGUGGACCUUUACCGGCUGAGCGGAGGCAGUCUAUGGUGUUCACAAUUGACAACACACCUAAAAACAGCCGAUUAAAAAAGGGGCUGAAUAAAUUGCGCAGCUCCAGCAGGAAAUCCCCGGGAAAAAGUUUAAAGGGGUGCCAGGAAAAUGUGCCUUCUGGAAAUUCUCGAGCUGCACUGAGUCAAGCUGUUAGAGCUGCUAAGUCUCCUGGAUUGACAGCCAGUGCUCGCAAGGUGUAAAUGUGGAAAACCUUUCAACAAGCAUUUUAAGAUAUUGAGAAAGAUUACCUGAUGUGUCUCCAUUAUUAAACUGGAUUCAUUUUUACAACUGUACUUUUACUCUUUCUUUAACAUUUUUUUUUAUUAUUUCACUUUAUUAUGCCUAUUUUCUUUAAUAAAUAUUUUACA